UGAGGCUAGAAUCUGGAGAUUUGGAGGGGCUGAGCAGGAAAGGGGAGAAGACAGCACCAAUGUUUACAGUCCCCAAACCUGUCCCAGGGGCCAGACGCGUGGGGAAUGUGCCAUCCGCUUUCGGGCUGCCCCACCCUGGGUCCAGCUACAAAAAAGGCAAAACACACCGUCACUCCGGCCUGCCCGUCCUGGAGAUGAUCGGACCCCUGACCCUCGCUUCUCUCCUUCAGGUGCUGGGGGACCCUCCUCCACGGCAGAGGCCACUUCCUGAGCCAGCGCACCCAAAGGUGGCACGGGCCAGGCUGUCCAUUUACCACGUGAAGCCCAUGGCCCUGCACAUGCCACCUGGGAUCCCAGAGUCCCCACGCUGCCUGCGGCGCCACACACUCCCUGCCAGCGAGUUUCGCUGCCUCACCCCCCAGGAUGCUGUCAGCGUGUUUGAGAUAGAGCGUGAAGCCUUCAUUUCUGUCUCGGGCACAUGUCCCCUCGAUCUGGAUGCGAUCCGGCACUUUCUGACCCUGUGCCCAGAGCUGUCCCUAGGCUGGUUCCAGGAGGGCCGCCUGGUGGCCUUCAUCAUCGGCUCGCGUUGGGAUGAGGAGAGACUCACUCAGGAGUCGCUGAUGCUGCACAGGCCCGGGGGCCACACGGCCCACCUGCAUGUGCUGGCCGUGCACCGCACCUUCCGGCACCAUGGCAACGGCUCCGUCCUGCUGUGGCGCUACCUGUACCACCUGGGGGGCCAGCCGGCCGUGCACCGGGCCGUGCUCAUGUGUGAGGACACCCUGGUGCCCUUCUACCAGAGGUCGGGCUUCCGGCCUGUGGGCCCGUGCGCCGUCACCGUGGGCCCGCUGGCCUUCACCGAGCUCCAGUGCCCCCUGCGCGGCCACGCCUCCAGGAGCAGGAACAGCUGCUGAGCCGUCCUGCCCAGCCCCGGUGUCCCCUGCUCUGUCCCGGCCUCCCUGACGGGAACGGGCACAGUGAUCCCCAGGGCGGAGGGGAGGGGAGGGAAGGGGUGAAAUAAAGAUGGGUGUUUCUCCAGCUAUCACGUGAGUCCCGCACCCGCCAGCCCGUCCCCGGACCACCUGUUCUCCGCACUGUGCCUGAGAUGGGGGUGGCAACUGCGGACAGUGGGGGUGUCCUGUGGCCCUGCCUUAGCUCCCUCGUCUCAGGAACCAAUGGGAGCCCUCCGGGCCCGGGGGCGUGGGGGGCUCAGUACUAGGGCAGUGUCCUCGUCCUGACAGGAGCCCAGUGCUCAGGGACCCAGCCCGGAUGUCUCUUCGCACCUUUGGCCCCAGAGUGGGGCGGGGGCCGGGAGGAGGGAGGUGCAGGGCCCCCUCCCCCAGCCACAGUAAUGUCCACUGCGUCCUGGGUGUGUCCACUGCAUCCUGGGUGGCCCCCAGGUGUGGGGGAAAGGGUUGGGGUGAGGCAUAGGUGCAGUGGAGUUUUCUGGGGUGGCCCGACCAGCCCCCUCACUGGCACUACAAGCAGGUGGGGAUCGGGGACCCCAAGGAGUAUAGAGAUUUAACUCCACCUCCUUGAGGAACCCUCGAGGCCCUCCAUGUGACCCAGCGUGGUUUCUGGUCCAACCUGAUCCCCCAGAAGGCCCCUAAGAUUUCCACCGUCCCUCUGCACCAAACCCCUGCCCCUGAGCUCCUCGUA